AUGUCACCUUCGGAGACAUAUACAGGUCCCCCGGAAGGUCUGAAAGCGCGCAAAAAGCACAAUAUGGCUCACACGACGCACCAGAAGAAGGCUGGAUCCAGAGUUAGACCCAUGGUCCGCUCUUCGUCCCACAACAAACUCACCCGACUUUCCACCUCUUCUUCCGGUCCCACUAUUGUACUCAGGCCGAAUCUAAACCGGUCCAAAUCCACAGACAGUGUCAACCGGCCGCUGUCUCGUCUGAAUCUCACCCGAAAUAACCGUCUGAUGGGAUUAUUGACGGGAUUGCAGCCGUUAACGAAGACGACACUGGGACCACUGCUCACCACAAAUCGGUCCAGCGGUUCUCUUAAAGGUAUGGCGCCAGCCUCAGGGGGUAUACGUACCAGUACACGCAAGGGUAGGGCUAUCUUGAGGCUAAAUGAGGAUAACGAAGACUACGAAGAUAUCAAUACGGAAAACGCAGAUGGUGAAGAUGAAGAUAAGAGUAAUGAGAUUUCUGAAAUAAAUGGCCCUCAGGGCAAUGACAAUGAAGCACGCCAGCAUAAGUCUCAAGAGGAUGGCCAGGAUUCGAGAUCUGGGUCACAAAUAAGUAUACUGGUUGAGCCCCGGUCUCAGUCAGAUGUGAGUGUUCCUUCUGAACCACCGACCGAAUCUCAAUCUGAGCUUGAUGUUGAGUCCAGAAAAUCGCAGGAACAAUCUCAAGAAGAAUUCAAUAAAUCAGAAGUGUUGCAGAAUAAAGAUGUGAAUAGUGUCCUGGUUGGUCAAGCUGAUGCCCCGGCUGAUGCUCAGGCUGAUGCUCAGGCUAAUGCUCAGGCUUCUGACUUUAUCAAGCAAAACUAUGCCACAGCUACUGGUGAACGUUCAGCAUUAGGCGAAAAACAGAACAAUGACUCCAAAAGUGCUCAAACGAACCAGGAGUCCCGGAAUGUUCUGGAGCUUGAUCGUCCCACUUCGGGUGCCCUGGCUAGCUCUGAGGACUUUCGUUCUGAGUCUGCCGCUCCCUUGGGUGGAAGUGUGUCCUCUAACCUCUAUGGGGGUUCACUCUUGCUCUCCCAACUGACGGGACUUACCAAAAAAGUGGACCAUGCUCAUCCGUAUACCGCCGUAGCGCCCACUUCGCUGGAGAAUAUGAGCGGUAUUUCCUUCAAAGCGAAUCCUAUCGAGUCCACAAACUACCACAACCUUGCCGAGCCAGUCGUCAGCGGAAAAAAUGCAGUUACACCCAGCUCGUAUCAACCGGAACAGACCAUCUACUCCAAUUUGCAGCGCACAAACUCGCAAUAUAAUGCACCUCGCAAACAAAAUAUGAGCUUGCAAAACUACCUAACGUCCAACAAUCAAAGCGACCAUGCCCAUAAUAUCGAGACCCGUACACAGCAGCGAUUAUGGCUUCAGCGAGAAAAUUCACUUAUGGAUGUCGCCGAGAACCACAACUUUUCGUCGCUAUCUCUCAACAAGCUCAUGUUUUCUCACAACUACAGUCUGGGAAACAUCAAAGAUCUCGACAACGGAGCGGCUUCGGUCAAUUCCAAUACGCCAAACCAGCAGCAAUCUAACGGAGUACCAAGUGAUCCUGGAGCAGCUUCAUCCAGCAGUAUUAGUGGUCUUUUGAGGAUGCUACAAUCGGGACACAACUCGAUUCAGUCCCGGACCGAGUUCGAGAGGCUCAAUAGAGAAUAUCUCAACGUUCGGCGCCAUUUGAAUCCUGUUGGUGAAAGCUUAUCUCGCUUGGGAAAACUCAAAGACGAAGUGGAGAUGCCCAAAAAGCGUCAAACCAAAACCAAUGCAAAUGGAAAUGCCAAUAGUUUCCGAGAAUUCUCUCCUCAAACCGCUGAGCAAGAACACGAAGUCUCAUCGCAAAUAAAUCGCAUCUGGCAGCAGGCUUUGCUUCUGUCUCUGGCAUCUUCUUCAAGUGUUUCAACUGCUCCUAAACAGCAAAGACCCACCAACCAAAGAGCGUCGGUCAAUAUGCGCUCUCCACAAACACCCACCACGCGAGCGGUCAAGUUGAAGCAGAGAGCGAGUUGA